UACUCUAAUCCUAUGGAUAAUUUACCAAAAUGUGGAGCAAAUUAUGUUUCUCUAACUCCUCUUACCUUCUUAACAAGAGCCUCAAAAUGUUAUGCCAAUAGAACCUCUAUCAUCUAUGGAAAUGUCCGUUUCACAUGGAGGCAAACCUACGAGCGUUGUUGUCGUGUUGCUUCCUCUCUUCGAUCUCUUAACAUUGUCAAGAACGACGUGGUUUCAGUGUUGGCACCAAAUGUUCCAGCAAUAUAUGAGAUGCAUUUUGCUGUGCCAAUGGCAGGGGCUGUAUUGAAUACAAUAAAUACAAGGCUAGAUGCUAAGAAUAUUGCAAUUAUUCUCAAACACUCUGAAGCCAAAGUAUUUUUUGUUGAUUAUGAGUACCUUGAAAUUGCUAAAAAGGCCCUUGAACUACUAGCAACAUCCAAAAUGACAAGAAUACCCCUCGUCGUUGUUAUCGAUGACAUCGACUCCCCUACCGGAAUCCGGCUAGGUGAGCUCGAGUACGAGCAACUUGUGCACCAAGGAAAUCCGAGUUACGUCCCCGAAGAAAUCACCGAUGAAUGGGAUCCAAUCACCUUGAAUUAUACAUCAGGUACGACUUCGGAGCCUAAGGGGGUUGUGUAUAGUCAUAGAGGGGCAUUUUUGAGCACUUUGAGCCUAUUAUUAGGUUGGGAAAUGGGUACUGAGCCAGUGUACUUAUGGUCUUUACCAAUGUUUCAUUGCAAUGGAUGGACAUUCACAUGGGGUGUAGCUGCACGUGGUGGGACAAAUGUUUGUAUUAGAAACACAACUGCCAAAGAAAUGUACACAAACAUUGUGUUACAUAAUGUUACACACAUGUGUUGUGCACCCAUUGUUUUCAACAUCUUACUUGAAGCCAAGCCACAUGAUGAGUACUCCAAACCCAUAACCACACGUGUCCAAAUCCUCACGGGUGGUGCACCGCCACCCGCACCUCUUCUCGAGAAAAUCGAGAAGCUGGGAUUCCACGUGGUCCAUGCUUACGGGCUCACAGAGGCAACCGGGCCGGCCCUCUUGUGCGAAUGGCAAGAGAAAUGGAACGAAUUACCUAGUGAAAAUCAAGCUAAGUUGAAAUCGAGACAAGGGGUUAGUAUACUAACCCUAGCCGAUGUCGAUGUGAAAAAUAUUGACAACAUGCUUAACGUGCCACGUGACGGAAAAUCAAUCGGAGAAGUGUGCUUGCGCGGGAGCAGUAUUAUGAAAGGGUAUUACAAGAACGAUAAGGCGAAUUACGAGGUUUUUAAAAAUGGUUGGUUUUUUACUGGUGAUGUUGGUGUAAUUCACCAAGAUGGAUAUUUGGAAAUUAAAGAUAGGAGUAAAGAUGUUAUAAUUUCUGGUGGAGAAAAUAUUAGUAGUAUUGAAGUUGAAAAUGUUAUAAUGAAACAUAAAAAUGUUGUAGAGGCAUCUGUUGUGGCUAUGCCACAUCCAAAAUGGGGUGAAAGUCCAUGUGCAUUUGUGAUUUUGACAAAAAAUUCACAAAUUAAAGAAGUGGAUAUUAUUGGACAUUGUAGAUCAAAUUUGCCAGGAUUUAUGGUACCAAAAAAGGUGAAAUUUGUUGAAGAAUUACCCAAGACUGGAACAGGAAAAGUGCAAAAAAAUCAUUUGAGAACAAUUGCUAAAAACAUUUGUUGUUGUCACAGAAAAGUCAAAUCAUCAAAAAAGCAAAAAUACAAGUCAAGUCAAUAGAGAAAAGCCAAGAUAUUAUGAGCAAGUUCUUGCUUUGUCUCG